AUGCCAAGGGAAACUGCAUGGCCGGCUCUCCAAGUUGGCAUCUCGCUAAGGAUGCCUUUACGCGAGCGGUUGAAAAAUUUUUAUUUCUUCCUUUUUGGGGCUAAUUUUAAUCGAUGCAUUAUGGCAGCGUCUCUCGUACUUUUGGGACUCAGCUUUGUUAGCCCUGCCGUGGUGUCAACACUUUGGUAUCAUACAAUGGAGGGUGUACUAACAUUUCUUUUUGCGGGCGAGAUUACGCUUCGGCUUGCCGUGAUGCGCAGCAAUUUUUGGGAGUCCGCUUAUAAUAUUUCAGAGGUUGUGGCCUGCGUUCUUUGCAUCACAAUUUUCUUUAUCCUUCAUUUAUCACGUCAACAGUCCUCACGGGCGGAGCACCAGGCGCUCAUUGUGUUGCGCUACCUUGGGCAGCUGCUGAGAAUGAUAGGUGUUGUUGCUGCAGACACGAUGACUUCGACAAGUGGAGAGAGUAGCAUUCAUCUUUUUGCUGCAAGCACUCCAAAACUUUCUUCAACAGAUUCGAGGGAGUUGUACCGUGAUGUAUUGUAG